AUGAAAUCUGGAGUGGGAUGUUCAACAAGCACAUGUGAGUGUGAUGAUCAGGUGUCUGCAUACUUUUGGCCAUAUAGUGUUUAUCAUCAUGUUCAAGAAUGUUGGGAAUAUCUUCUGUUUAUCCCUCAGAUCAGCUACCUGGCUACAUGUGUGUGUCUCAGUAACAGACGAGAAUAUCCCAAUUUCUUUCGCACCAUCUCCAGUGACAUGUAUCAGGCUCGCACGAUGGCCCAGAUGGCCAAACGGUUCGGUUGGACCUGGGUUGGUGCUGUGGUGGAAGAAAAUGACUAUGGGCUCCAGGCAUUGCAAUCGUUUAAGGAGGAAACAAAAGGUACCGGCAUCUGCCUAGCUUUUGUCAGUACUAUCUUCCGUGAGAGAUUGGCAAAAGAUGUCGACCGUGCAAUAAAGUUGGUGCAAAGCUCAUCUGCUCGUGUGAUUAUCGUAUUUGUGUGGGAUAUGGAUGUGGAAGUGUUCCUCACUGAGCUAGUUCGCAGAAACGUGACAGACCGACAGUUCCUUGCCAGUGAGGUUUGGAGUACCAGUAGCCUUCUCUUGAGCAACCCUGAGCUCUACACCAUUGCUCAAGGCACACUGGGAGUGGCUGUUAGGAGUGCACCCAUUCCUGGAUUUGAGAAACACCUACAAGAGCUCCAUCCCUCCCGCUAUCCUCGAGACACAAUACUGAGAGAGUUAUGGGAGAGGACGUUUGGCUGCAGCCCAGUGCAGAACAACAUGGUAGCAUCUCAGAGUGGCUUACCACCGUGCAGUGGGAAGGAGAGCCUAAAGGGGGUUCAGAAUAGUGUUACAGAUGUCUCCAACUUAAGAGCCACUUAUAAUGUGUAUCUGGCUGUUUAUGCAGCUGCAUAUGCACUCCACUCUCUGCUGUCCUGCACUGCACCUAACAGUUCUGACCCCACAGUGACCCCAGGCUGCUUAUCUCCAGACAUCAUCACUACACAACAGCUCUUAGAGCAGCUUAAGCUGGUGAACUUCACAACACAGCUGGGAGAGAAGUUUUAUUUUCAAGAUGGGGAGACUCCAGCUGUCUAUGACAUAGUGAAUUGGCAGAGAGGUCCUGGAGGAACCUUGCAGUAUGUCCUCAUUGGCCGACUGGAGGGUUCUAACCUCAUCCUUAAUGAAUCUGCCAUCAGCUGGCCAGGAAACUCAAACAAGGUGCCUGUGUCUGUGUGCACUGAUGAAUGCCCCCAAGGCACACGCAAAGUUAUAAAGAAGGGCCUGCCAGUUUGCUGCUUUGACUGUCUGACUUGCGCUGAAGGAGAAUUCAGCAAUGUCACAGGCUCACUAGAAUGUUAUCGUUGCCCCACAGAAUUCUGGUCCAACAGUCUAAGGACUGCAUGUGUACCACGUGAGGUUGAGUACCUCGCCUUCAACGAGACAAUGGGCAUCACUCUGACGACUGUCGCUUUGUGUGGUGCCAUGAUGACAGCAGCUGUGGGUGUGGUUUUUGUGUACUACAGGCAGACUCCUAUCGUCAAGGCCAACAACUCUGAGCUCAGCUUCCUGCUCUUGCUGUCACUCAAACUCUGCUUCCUGUGCUCACUGGUGUUUGUGGGUCAGCCCUCAUUAUGGUCAUGCAGACUACAGCAAGCAGCGUUCGGGAUCAGUUUUGUUCUCUGCAUCUCAUGCAUCCUGGUCAAAACCAUUGUGGUUCUGGUUGCAUUUCGUUCAGCUAGACCUGGAUCUGCAGCACUUAUGAAGUGGUUUGGACCAGGCCAGCAAAGAGGAAGUGUUCUGUUCUUUACCUGUAUUCAGGUGAUUAUCUGUGCUGUAUGGUUGUCCCUCAGCCCCCCCUUUCCUCAUCGCAACUUAAGCAUUCAAGGGUCAAAGAUCAUCUUAGAGUGCAUGGUGGGGUCAGUGACAGGAUUUUCUCUGGUUUUGGGCUACAUUGGACUGUUAGCUGCCAUCUGCUUCCUUCUGGCCUUCUUUGCCCGGAAGCUUCCAGACAAUUUUAAUGAGGCCAAAUUUAUCACUUUCAGCAUGUUGAUCUUCUGUGCUGUGUGGAUCACGUUUGUUCCAGCAUAUGUCAGCUCUCCUGGGAAGUACAGUGUCGCUGUAGAGAUAUUUGCCAUCCUGGCUUCUAGUUUUGGUCUCCUGAUAUGUAUAUUUGCCCCAAAAUGUUACAUUAUUUUACUUAAGCCAGAAAACAACACCAAGAAAUUCCUCAUGGCGAAAACACAAUAG